CCGGUGGGGACCCAGAUUGCGGAGGUUGACUAGAUGGUUCCGGAGGGGGUGGGUGGAUAGCGGACGGUAACUUCAGCACCCACCCGGUGGGGACCCAGAUUGCGGAGGUUGACUAGAUGGUUCCGGAGGGGGUGGGUGAAUAGCGGACGGUAACUUCAGCACCCACCCGGUGGGAAACAGCGACAAGGCCAUUCAAGGGAAAAUCUUGUGGCCAAAAUGGCACACUAAUCAUACGGGUUGGAACUAAGGUCUGACUGUCACCUUUCAGUUUUAACAGAGUUUUAUUUUUUUGUUGCAUGAUUUUUUGUGACAUAUUUUGCCCCGUGAUUGUUAGGAGGAGAGUGAAGUCUCACAGCCGCCAUCUUUGGAAACUGACUAGGAGGGAAUAGAGAACUUUCAUUAUCUAACGGGUUGGGGGGGGGUUUUGUUUCUUUUUUUUAUACCAAGAAAUCUUUAGUAUAUAUUUUUUUUCCAAGACCUCGAAUGACCUGCUAUUCUGUACACACGUUAACACAAGUUAACGGUGGACAACACACAAGGAGUCGGUAUCGUACAACCUGGAGGAAAAAAGCUCCAAUCUGUCGUUUUCUCUCCGGUUCUACCUGAACCUGGACUCUGAUCGGUGCCCAUGCUCCGGCCCCUCCACUCCAGCAGAUGAGUCGUCGACUGCUCUGGCGUAGACGCAGCCGCGCUCCAACGCCCAGAUAGUCCCCUGGUCCUGCCCCCCGCCCUGCCGGGAGACAGCAGACUGCAUUACCCAGCAUGCCCUCCUCUGUGCGGGCGGGCAGCCUAAAGGACCCGGAGGUAGCUGAGCUGUUCUUCAAGGAAGACCCAGAGAAACUGUUCUCUGACCUCCGAGAGAUAGGACAUGGCAGCUUCGGAGCCGUCUACUUUGCGCGGGAUGUACGAUCUACAGAGGUGGUGGCCAUCAAGAAGAUGUCUUAUAGUGGAAAGCAGUCCAACGAGAAAUGGCAGGACAUCAUAAAAGAGGUGAAGUUUCUCCAGAGGAUUCAACAUCCCAACAGCAUAGAGUACAAGGGCUGCUACCUACGAGAACACACAGCAUGGUUAGUGAUGGAGUACUGUCUGGGUUCAGCCUCUGAUGUUCUAGAAGUUCAUAAAAAGCCUCUUCAGGAAAUGGAGAUCGCGGCCAUUACCCAUGGUGCUUUGCAGGGUUUGGCCUACCUUCACUCCCACAACAUGAUUCACAGAGACAUCAAAGCAGGUAACAUCCUACUGACAGAGCCAGGUCAGGUCAAGCUUGCUGACUUUGGCUCCGCCUCCAUCGCUUCCCCAGCCAACUCCUUCGUGGGGACGCCAUAUUGGAUGGCCCCAGAGGUGAUCUUGGCCAUGGACGAGGGCCAGUAUGACGGAAAGGUGGAUGUCUGGUCCCUUGGGAUCACCUGUGUCGAGCUAGCGGAGAGGAAGCCUCCUCUGUUUAAUAUGAACGCCAUGAGUGCCUUGUACCACAUAGCGCAGAAUGAGAGCCCUACACUGCAGUCCAGAGACUGGACGGAUUACUUUAGAAACUUUGUUGAUUCCUGCCUUCAGAAAAUCCCCCAGGACAGACCCCACUCUGACCAUCUACUGAACCACGUGUUUGUCCAGCGGGAGCGUCCGGACUCUGUUCUGAUGGAUCUGAUGCUGAGGACCAAAGAGGCGGUCAGGGAGCUGGACAACCUGCAGUACCGUAAGAUGAAGAAGAUCCUGUUCCAGGAAGCUCACAACGGACCACAGGCUGAGACACAGGACGGAGACGAGGAGGUGGAGCACGGUGCAGGUCGUACAGACACCGUGAACAGUGUGGGCAGUAACCAGUCCAUCCCCAGUAUGUCUAUCAGCUCCCAGAGCAGCUCAGUCAACAGUCUGAAUGAAGCAGCACAGGACGACCGCAGUGAGCUGGACCUGAUGGAGGGACACCACACGGUCCUGUCCAACAGCUCUGUCAUACACCUCAAACCAGAGGAAGAGGAGGGUUACCAUGAAGACCCAGAGGUGCGGGACUGUACCACUGAGCCUCCUGACGCCCAACCCCCCAGGAAACACUACAGAGAACGCAACAGAGAACACUUUGCUACCAUACGCACUGCCUCACUGGUGACUCGUGAGAUGCAGGAGCACGAGCAGGACAGCGAGCUGAGGGAGCAGAUGUCUGGCUAUAAGAGGAUGAGGCGGCAGCACCAGAAGCAUCUGAUGGGUCUGGAGAACAAGCUGAAGGCUGAGAUGGACGAGCAUCGGCUCCGUCUGGACAAGGAGCUGGAGAACCAGAGGAACACCUUCGCCCAGGAGAAACUGGUCAAGAGACACCAGGCCGCUAUGGAGAAAGAUGCGAAGACCUUUAACAACGAUGAGAAGAAGUUCCAGCAGCACAUUCAGGUCCAGCAGAAGAAAGAACUCAGCGGCUUCCUGGAGUCUCAGAAACGAGAGUACAAACUACGCAAGGAGCGGCUCAAAGAGGAGUUGAGUGUGAACCAGUCGACCCCAAAGAAGGAGAAGCAGGAGUGGCUGUCCAAGCAGAAGGAGAACUUCCAGCACUUCCAGGCUGAGGAGGAAGCCAACCUGUUGAGGAGACAGAGGCAGUACCUGGAGCUAGAGUGUCGACGUUUUAAACGGAGGAUACUCAUCGCCAGGCACAACGUGGAGCAGGACCUGACACGAGAGGAGUUGAAUAAGCGUCAGACCCAGAAGGACUUGGAGCAUGCCAUGCUGCUCAGACAUCACGAGUCGAUGCAGGAGCUGGAGUUCAGACACCUGGGAACCAUCCAGAAGAUGAGGGCGGAGCUUAUCAGGACACAGCACCAGACGGAACUGACCAAUCAGCUGGAGUACAACAAGAGGAGGGAGAGAGAACUGAGACGCAAACACGUCAUGGAGGUUCGACAGCAACCCAAGAGUUUAAAGUCCAAAGAGCUGCAGAUUAAGAAGCAGUUCCAGGACACGUGCAAGAUCCAGACACGGCAGUUCAAGGCCCUGAAGAGCCACCUGUUGGAGAGCACUCCCAAGGCCGACCACAAGGCGGUGCUCAAGAGGCUGAAGGAGGAGCAGACCAGGAAACUGGCCAUUCUGGCCGAGCAGUACGACCACUCGAACAACCACAUGUUGUCCACACAGGCUCUGCGUUUGGACGAAGCCCAAGAGGGUGAGUGUCAGGUGCUGAGGCAGCAGCUGCAUCAGGAGCUGGAGCUGCUGAACGCCUACCAGAGUAAAAUCAAGAUGCAGACAGACGCCCAGCACGACAGAGAGAGGAAGGAUCUGGAGCAGAGAGUGUCGCUCCGCAGGGCUCUACUGGAACACAAGAUUGAGGAGGAGAUGCUGUCUCUGCAGAACGAGCGUGUGGAUCGUAUCAGGUCUCUUUUGGAGCGCCAGGCCAGGGAGAUGGAGGCCUUCGACUCAGAGUCCAUGAGACUAGGCUUCAGCAACAUGGUCCUGUCUAACCUGCAGGGCCCGGACACACACGGCAGCCCGGGGGGGUCGGGAGCGUCUCAACAAAGCCAUCACCAGGGGGGGUCCAGCUCCCAGCAGCUGUGGGGUCACCCUGUGCUGGCUGGGGCACCCCCUCCCUGGAGCCUGCACCAGCCCUCUGGAGGGGGGAGUCAGAGGGGGAGGGGUGGGAGUGGGGGGGUCAGGAACAGCCCCCAGGUUACGAGGAGGGCGUCGACGUCGGGAGGUGGGCGGAGCGAGCAGGGCAUGAACAGGAGCGCCAGCAUCACCUCCCAGAUCUCCAACGGCUCACACCUGUCAUACACCUAGACACACACACACACACAAACACACACACACACACACACUGAAGACACACACACUAAAGACACACACACAGAGACUGAAGACACACACACAGAAGAUGAACACACUUGUCGUUAGCCUUGAAACACACACAGCUGGUGCACCAACCAUCUUAACACACACUGAACUAAACACACUUGUGAUUUGGGGCGGCAGGUAGCCUAGUGGUUAGAGUGUAGGGGUGGCAGGUAGCCUAGUGGUUAGAGUGUAGGGGCGGCAGGUAGAAUAGUGGUUAGAGUGUAGGGGGGGCAGGUAGUCUAGGUGUUAGAGUGUAGGGGCGGCAGGUAGCCUAGUGGUUAGAGUGUAGGGGCGGCAGGUAGAAUAGUGGUUAGAGUGUAGGGGGGUAGGUAGUCUAGUGGUUAGAGUGGAUGGGCGGCAGGUAGACUAGUGGUUAGAGUGUAGUGGCGGCAGGUAGCCUAGUGGUUAGGGUGUAGGGGCGGCAGGUAGCCUAGUGGUUAGAGUGUAGGGGCGGCAGGUAGUCUAGUGGUUAGAGUGUAGGGGCGGCAGGUAGCCUAGUGGUUAGAGUGUAGGGGGGGCAGGUAGACUAGUGGUUUGAGUGUAGGGGCGGCAGGUAGCCUAGUGGUUAGAGUGUAGGGGCGGCAGGUAGUCUAGUGGUUAGAGUGUACGACUAGUAUCCAUAAAGGUUGAUUGAUCGAAUCCCAGAGCUGACAAGGUAAAAAUCUGUCGUUCUGCCCCUGAACAAGGCAGUUAACCCACUGUUCCUAGGCCGUCAUUGUAAAUAAUAAUUUGUUCUUAACUGACUUGCCUAGUUAAAUAAAGGUUCAAUAAAAAUUAAAAUGCACCUGACCAAACCAUAAUCACACAGGGAUGCUGGUCUUCCACAAACUACAAACGUGCCCACGCACACGGCUAGCAUGCACAUUGAAAACAGCACCCUAGGUUGGGGGUCAUAGGGGAAACCAAUGUCCCUUCCUCCCCAUUCUAUUUCUCUCUCUCUUCCUCCCUGUUUCUCAUCAACACUGUCAUCUUCUCUUCAAUACUGAUAGUAUAGACUGACAGGACAGGAGACAGUGGAAUACAGUAACCCAGACGUGUUAGAAUACAGUAACCCAGCCGUGUUGGAAUACAGUAACCCAGCCGUGUUAGAAUACAGUAACCCAGCCGUGUUGGAAUACAGUAACCCAGCCGUGUUGAAAUACAGUAACCCAGCCAUGCUAUAAUGUAGAUGUGCCAUAGUCUAAUGUCAAACCACGGCAGUCUCCUCAUGUCAUGUUGUUUGCCGUAGACCUACACACUCGUAGUCACUUUAAACACGCCUGUCUAAAGCACUAAAGUUACUGUAUCCCAACACGGCUGGGUUACUGUAUUCCAACAUGGCUGGGUUAUUGUAUUCUAACUGUAUUCUAACCCAGCCUUGUUGGCCAAUCCAUUUCCUUGAGAUGGUCUCAUGCAGUAAAUCAGGAAGUUGUCAUUGAUGGAGUGUAAAGCCGUCACACACACGUCAUGAUGCUAAUAAACUCCUUGUAACAAUGGCGGCAGGACAUGACUGAAGAGAGUGACCAUUGAUAAACCACCACAGAUACUUCCUGGUUACUAUUUGUUUCGAGGCAAAAUAUCUAUUACAAUUGCCAACAGUGAGAUCAAACACAUUUUAAUUUUUUUUUUUAUAUAUAUAUAUUUCCUGAAAUGGGUUUGUUUUGAAUGAGACACAGAAAGACAUAGGAAGAGGAACGUUGUAAACGGGUUGUCAGUCAGUCGAGGAAGGGGACACAGAACAAACAUGAUAUCAGAAUACGCGUUUAAUAGAGAGUAGUUUUACUAGUGCACUAAUUUUGAUCAGAGCCCUUGGUCAAAAGCAAUGCACUAAAAGCAGUGCACUAAAAGCAGUGCACUAAAAGCAGUGCACUAAAAGCAGUGCACUAAAAAUAGUGCACUAAAAGCAGUGCACUAAAAGUAGUGCACUAGUUUUGAUCAGAGCCCUUGGUCAAAAGUAGUGCACUAAAAGCAGUCCACUAAAAGUAGUGCACUAGUUUUGAUCAGAGCCCUUGGUCAAAAGUAGUGCAUUAAAAGUAGUGCAUGCUUUUGUUCCAACCCAGCACUAAACAUUUGGUUUAAAUCAUGGCCCUCAGUCUACGUAGGUGUCAGCCAAAAGGCCGACAGGCUUCUCAGGGUUCACUGUCAGUUUCCACAGCCUCCUGUGUGUCAGGUAUAGCCAAUAGGAUGGUCAGUCUGUGCGAUGCUCUGCUCUCAUAGGUCCACUUCCCUGUCUGUCUCUGGUCUGGGUGGGCAUUUUGAUCCCAUGGCAACAGCACUUUGCCACGAUCAUAUGACUUUACAGAGAGACUAGCAGUUACUGUACACACUUAUUUAAUAUCCACAUCAACAACAUACACUUUAUGAUCAUGGAUCUCAAAUUAUCUAAAAUCACCCUCUCUCUCUCUCCCACUCUUACCUUUUCACCAUCUCUCUCUCUCUCUCUCCCACUCUUACCUUUUCACCAUCUCUCUCUCUCUCUCUCUCUCUCUCUCUCUCCCACUCUUACCUUUUCACCAUCUCUCUCUCUCCCCCACUCUUACAUUUUCACCCUCUCUCUCUCUCUCUCUCUCUCCCCCACUCUUACCUUUUCACCAUCUCUCUCUCCCACUCUUACCUUUUCACCAUCUCUCUCUCUCCCCCACUCUUACAUUUUCACCCUCUCUCUCUCUCUCUCUCUCUCCCCCACUCUUACCUUUUCACCAUCUCUCUCUCUCUCCCACUCUUACCUUUUCACCAUCUCUCUCUCUCCCCCACUCUUACAUUUUCACCCCUCUCUCUCUCUCUCUCUCUCUCUCUCUCCCCCACUCUUACCUUUUCACCAUCUCUCUCUCUCUCCCACUCUUACCUUUUCACCAUCUCUCUCUCUCUCCCACUCUUACAUUUUCACCAUCUCUCUCUCUCUCUCUCUCUCUCUCUCUCUCCUACUCUUAACUUUUCACCAUCUCUCUCUCUCUUUCUGUCUCUCACCCACUUACCUUUCCUCGCUCUCCUUUUCCUUUCAUCUCCACCCCUCAACAUGCCCCCCCCACCCCACCCCACCACCACCUAUGGGUCUGCUGGUGCUGAUGAAUAGAGUGAAACGAGAAGGUCGGUGUAUUAAAACUGGUAAAGGAGGAUCAGGCCAAGUUAAAGGGUGAUUUAAGGAAGCUGGGGUGUAGAAGUGAUGAUAUUCUGGUUCCGGGAACAGGAAGAGAAUCCUCAGGUUUACAGAGUGUUGAAAGGAGAGAGAGAGAGGUAUAGAACGGUGUAAAUAUAAUGUGGUAUGGUUACAUUACCGUGUAGGUAUUGGUUUAUGACUGCUGAAUGUCCCUUUUUUUGGGGGGGUGUGGUUGGCGAAGCUGCUGUCGCUCCUGCAAUGCUCCUGUACCCCCCCCAGCUCAAGCUCACCCCCGUCGUUACCGCCCCCCUACCACUUCCUCCCCACCGGACCACCCUCCGAUUCCCUUCUCAGACAGACCCAUCUACCCCCCGUGAAGGAGCGUAUUGGAGAAUAUUGAUGUCUAAAAUAAAGUGUGUAUAUAUAUAUAUAUAUAUAUAAGGUGGAUAUGUGAAGUGAAGAGCGUAUAGAUAUAUAUAUAUAAGGUGGGGGAGGUGUGGCAAAUAAUGAUAUAUAAAAUAUAUAUAUAUGUAUAGUUGAUUUAACGUCAAUUUCAUCUGGGAUGUAUUGGAUAAAAUGUGUUAAUAUUGUACAUUUAGAAUAAAAAAUAUUAUUUAAAACAAAGAAAAGCAAUUCAAAGUCUAGACAGAUGAACUGCUUGUAUUGUGAAGUGACAAACCACUGUGAUGACAAGACAAUGAAUACGAAAACAUCAACCACAUACCUUGUACACGCACAAAAGGUGUGGUUCUGGAGCAGUUCUAUUGAGUUCCGUCGGAGUCCGUUGAGUUCCGUCGGAGCCCGUUGAGUUCCCUCGGAGCCCGUUGAGUUCCCUCGGAGCCCGUUGAGUUCCGUCGGAGCCCGUUGAGUUCCGUCGGAGCCCGUUGAGUUCCCUCGGAGCCCGUUGAGUUCCCUCGGAGCCCGUUGAGUUCCAUCGGAGCCCGUUGAGUUCCCUCGGAGCCCGUUGAGUUCCGUCGGAGCCCGUUGAGUUCCGUCGGAGCCCGUUGAGUUCCGUCGGAGCCCGUUGAGUUCCUCGGAGCCCGUUGAG